AUGGUAAACAGGCUGCUGGAUCGUGAGAGGCCACGGCAUGGGGCCAGCGGCCAGCCCCUCCCUGGGGCGGGAAACCAGCUCUGGUUUGACCAGCUCUGGUCCGUCCCCAGCCGGCAGCUGCUGUCAAGAUGUCUCAGAGCCUGGAUACGUGUGACGCGGAGGCAGCGGGCAGUGGCGGUGGCCGUGGCUCUGAGCCGCAGGCAGCUGUUGCGGGAGGGCUUCCGGGCCCUGCGCUGGACCCUGUGGCUCCGGGAGGCCUGGCUGGAGGUGGCGAGGAGGCGACAUGAGAAGGCCUUGCUGGCCCAGACCUUCAGAGAGUGGAGAUGCCUUGUGGUGCAGCAGACACAAGGGCGGCCCUACGUUCAGCCUGCGUCCAGACCCUGUGCUUCUUGGGGUGGCAAAGACCAAGUACCCCGCUGGGGAGGAGAAGCAGCGGGGCACGGCACCCCAAGAAGCAGGGGCAGGCGCUUGAGGGAAGAAGAGGGAGCCUGGCCUCCUCCACUGAAACCUAGGCAGAGACCAGAUGGCGGAGACCAGGAGCUGCAGCAGCUGGCAGCCUUCCUUCUGUGUCAGAAAAAGGACCUGGCCGGGAAGGGGCCCCUCGGGGAGGUCACUCCGAGGACACAAAGGACAGAUGUAGCCCCCAGGGCUCCCCAGCCCAGGAGAGACUGGCUGCGCAGGUGCUUCGGGGCCUGGCAUCAGGUUGCACAAAGAAAGGCCCAGUGCCAGGACCACCUGGCUGACCGCUGCAGGAGGACGUUGAGGAUGUGCCUGGGACAGUGGGUGCGGAUGAAGCAGCUCCGAGCCUCAGAUGGGGCGAAGGUGACCCAGCUGUCCCUCUGCCUGCAGAAGGCAGGGUACCGGGCUCUCCGAAGCUCAGCCCAUGGCCUGGAGACGGUGGUGGCUACAAUGUCCCUGCAGGGCGCCUGCCGGAGACUGGCCCUCCAACGGGUCCUGCUGCUCUGGAGAAUGCGGUUGUCCCAGCACCAGCGGGCUAACUGCUUUUUCCAGGGCACCAGGGAGCAGACUCUGCGGCGCGUCCUGGGCUGCUGGCACCUGCGAGUGUGGAGUGUGGACACCCCAUCAACCAGCCAUGCAGCCACCUCGGCCCCAGAGCCACUGGACGAUGGCAUCCCAGGAGCAUCGGCCUGGCCCGGUUGCAGUGCUCGCUGGUGCUCACUGGAAAAGGACCCCGGAGCCCCCCACCUCCCGGGCACUCCCCCAGUGAGUGACCCGUGGGCUGCUGAGCGGCAGCAGCAGGACCAGCGCCUUCUGCCCUGGAGACGGGCGUGGGGCUCAGCAAGGCGGUGCCACAGCCUCCAGAGGCGCAUCCUCCUCACCUGGAGCCACUGGACAGCAACUCAAGGGACCUGGAGAGAGCUGGCUGCCCACCAGGCCUGGGACCGGAGCUGCAGGGCUGCCCUGGGCCUGUGGCGACGGCGCCUGGCACAGCAGCAGGAGGCAGCGCGGUGGGCACAGGAGCGGAGCCGCAGCCGGGCGCGGGAUGCUCUGUGCCACUGGCACACCUGCUGGCAGAGGCAGCAGCUCCUGCAUGAGAAGUACCGGAGUUGGGUGCACGGCCGCCUCCAGGGCCUGCGGAGGGCCGCGUUCCGGGACUGGCGGCAGGGGGUGGUCCGGCGGAGACACCUGCGCAGGUCCCUACUGGCCUGGGCCCAGGGCCAUGUUCAGCAAGCAACCAUUACCCAGCUCUGGCAGGCUGGACUUGGGUACCUCCUUUGGACCCACUGGGCCCAGUGGCAGACAGCGCUACUCAGGGUACAGGGGGACCAAGGGACCCAGGCCCAGGGCGCCGACCUCAGGCACUGGCCCAGGCUGGCCAGCAGAGGGCGCCGUCUCCUGCUGACAGACGCACCAGCCCUUUGGAUGCAGGCACACAGCUGCUGGACACAGGCCGCAGGACCCACUCGGCUUGAGCCAAAGCACAGUUGCAGUGGACACAGGCUACCUCGGGAAGCAGCUGGGGCUUGCAGCGCCAGGGAGUGUCACCUCUGCCCUGGCUUCCAGCUGUGGCCAGGACACAGUAGCUGGGCCCCUACAGCACCAGGAAGGCUCUGUGUCUCUGAGAUCAAAGCCCCCCAAAGCGAGGGUCCUUCAAGCAGGCUGGGGAGGAAGUACCUACAGCGCUGGCACCUCGAGAUUCUGCUCCGGAGGUUUCAGGUCUCCCAACGGGCCAGGUGCCUGAGGGCGACGUGGCAGCACUGGGCAGGUGCUCCAGGGGCCGAGCAGCUGUCCCAGAGCCUGCUGAGGCAGUGGCACCUGGGCCGGGCCUGGAGGGUGUGGCGGCGACGGGUCCUGCAGCUGCACGUGGCCAGGCGACUGCAGAAGCGGGAAGACAGCUGGGUCAUCUCUCAGGCCUUUGAGAGGUGGCGCCAGCACCUGGCAGCCAGGAGCCUAAGGAGAGGUGGAACCAGGCAGGGGCCCCAGGAACAGGCUGGAUGCUGCCCGUGCCCCUGGCUGUGGAGUACAUGGGCAGGACAGGGGUCCAGCAGCAGCCGUGACUUGUUCCCAUGGCUGAGAAGCAGAACUGAGCCCAGAGAAGCAACGUGACCCCCAAGUCCACGGAAUGCAGUGACAUUGCUAGGAGCUGAAACACAAUAAAGGCCUCCUUGGUCCUC